CGGCGGAACCGAGCCCGAGCAACGGGACUCGAAUCAGGGCCCAGUCGACGAGCAGAGGCAGCAGCUGGCGACCAGUCCCUUGGCUCGCGGCCACCAAGGCCUGCGAGUCCAGACGAAACGGGCCGACUGUCUCGACCAGCUUUGUCACCUCUUCCAGCCCGAGACUGUCGUGGCCGCCUCGCCCGGGACGCCAUACCCUGUCUUUUUCUCCUCCUCCUCGUCAUCGGCUUCCUCAUCCUCUUCUUCCUCCUCGCCCUCGCCGUCGUCCACCACUUCAGCGUCGUCGUCGUCGUCGUCGUCGUCGUCGUCGUCGGCGUCGUCACCACCCACUUCGCCAACAUCUACCGUCUUCAGCGCCACCUGCUCAGUCACACGGAGAGUCAUGAGUUGCGCAAGUUUCGCUGCAACGAGUGCACCAAGGCGUUCAAGUUCAAGCACCACCUGAAAGAGCACACUCGCAUCCACAGCGGCGAGAAACCGUUUGUCUGUCGACAGUGCGGCAAGCGGUUCAGCCACUCGGGCUCCUAUUCCAGCCACAUGACCAGCAAAAAGUGCAGCCUCGCCGCAGCCUCAACCUCCACUUCGACCUCGACCUCGACCUCGACCUCGACCUCGACGUCGACGUCGACGUUGAAGUUGACCCCGAGUCCGAGUCCCGGGGCCAUGUCCGACCGGCUGGUCGGCAAACUCGUGGGCCCGAUGCCCGACACUGGCGCCGUCGACGUCGAGGCCAAAGGCGACGACGACUGCGACUGCAACGUC